AGAUUUCACUGAUGGACAGGCUAGCUUGCAUAGGCAACACUUUCUACAGUGUCCACCAGGUGUCUUGAAUAAGCAUUAUGAAAAGUUGAUCCAAUGUGAUGUGCGACUCAACUUUCUGAGCCAACAGCCUGAAUUAGCUUUGGAAUCUCCAUAUUUUGAUACAAAAGCGACUGUGUUUGAAAAUCUUGAUGAAGUGAACGAGCAUGGCGUAGAUCCAGUUGCUUCUUCUGGUAAGGGUUCCCCACUAUCAAGCAUCCAAGAUGCAGCAUCACCUGUUACGACACAGUCUUCUUCAGUGUCUUUUGAACAACCCAAUCUCCUUGGUGCAGCCCCUGAACAUUUGUCUAGGGAUGCCCCUUCUCCAAGCUCAGUGAUGGAUACACGUGCUGUUGGGGAGAUUGCAAACAGCAUAGGGUAUGGUGCCCCCGGGAUGCGAAACUUUGAGCAGUUGAAGGUGCCAGGACUUCGUCCAUCAAUGUCUAUGACCGACCUUGUUAGUCACAUUGAAAGCUGCAUUUCGCAGCAAAUUAAUUCUGGAAAUUUGCAGUCUGAUGAAGCCUUAGAAUGUAAGGGCAUGCUGGAGGACAUUGCACAGAUAUGGCUGAGUGACACUCAAGGUACAACUGCUUCAGAUGAGAAAUCUCUCAUGAAGAAAGUCAACUCUCUAUGCUGCCUCUUGCAAGACGAGUCUCAAUUAACUGGAGAAAAUCAUCUGCAAAAACCUGUUCAAUCUAACGAUGCUUGUAGCUCUUCUGCAUGUGAGAACAAGGAAAAUAACCAAGAGAACGCGAGCGAUUUAGCUGGUGGUAAGCCGACACCAAGUAUUCCAAGGAGAGACUCCUUUGGCGACUUGCUCCUCCAUCUUCCUCGUAUUACAUCCCUUCCAAAGUUCCUGUUCAACAUUGCUGAAGAUGAUGAAAACCAAGCUAGGUAGCCAUUCUUUUCAUGAAAAAUGUACGAAAGUGCUUGGCUGUAGUACCCAUCAAACCAUUUGGUUUUGCCUAUUUGUUGUGGUGUUCUGAUGCAAGCACCCCUCGCGAUUCGGAGGACGUUAUACAUGGAGAAAAACUGGGAUUCGAAGAUUCUUUCGAUGAUUGGUGAAAUUUCUGUCUUCAGAACUGUUUUAAUAGUAGUAGUUAGAUUAAUAUUUUUCACCUUUGGCUGAAGAGCGUGACAUUAUAUUGUUGUACAUGGGUUAGGUCAAUCAAUAUAAAUCGUCAUUGUGCCA